GCUUGAGCAUAUUGCCAAAUGUAGGGCACACUCUGUACCGUGCUUAAAGUGCAAAACAACUUGCCUUGCUUGUUGUCCCGUAACAAGUUCGUGACCACGUGCAUUCGCUCUUUCAAACGAGCGCCUUCCCUCGCGAACGAGCGAAGACUAUGCGCGCCACCCCACCCGGUACGGUCUCUCACCUGUGUGGCUGUAUUUACGACGUUCGUGCGUCGUUACUGACGAGCCUGCAUUGGGCGAACAAGGAAGCGGCCAACAUUUCCUGCCAGACGACAGUCGCUGGUCGUCGUCGGAAGCUCGCGGUCGUGCGUGUCCUGGUGCCGUGGCGCCCAAUGCUCACCGAUCCGGUGGUUGUGUCAAAGAUGGUAUCCAAUCAUCUGUUUUACGUUAGCCGAGCGGAUAUAUUCUCCGUCUAUCCGGAGAUAUUGCGCGAGAUACUCGUGCUGGAGGAGCUGCUGUGUAGGACGAAACCCAUCACCGCCUUUGGACAUACGAUCACGGCAAGCGAUCGCGUACCGUUACAGCUGCCGAGUGAGUUCGAAUGGCAGCUGAAGCAGUACUUCCGCCUGCUUGAGCAGCAGAAGAAGAUCAAUGCGGCCACGGAGCAAGGCAUCCAGCUGAAGAGCUCCCUGGAGAAGGUCGACCACACCUACUGGGAGGUGAAGGCCAAAUCCAUCGAUGAGGUGGUAUCGCCGAUGACUUCGCCGGCUUCCGGCGAUUCGUCCACGCCUUCCUUCCGACGACGGCGGCGCCUCUGCAUUCUGGACAAUCCGAUCGACUUCUGCGACAUUGCCGCCUACAACCAGUGGCGGCUGGAGGACAUCGUGCGGGCGGGCAAGUUGCUGCACCAACCACCGCUGCCGGUACAGUUCGACGACGAGUACGAGAUGCGCAAAGUGUACUCCAUGAUUUACGACGUCUAUCGGUUCAAGCUGGUGCUUCAACAGGCACUGCGAAAUAUUGGCUUUUACGAAAGCUACCCGAUGCUUGCCCACGAAACGACCCGCGUAUGGUUGCUGCUGUACGAUAUGUAUUUGCGGAAGUUUGUAAAACGCGAACCGGAUACGGUGCCACAGAAGGAUCAACUGUUUCACGAGGCACACUUGCUGGAAAUUGAACGAUGUCUUGAGUUGAAUAGUGUCAAAAUUGCGGCCGCUCUUACACGCAUCCGCAUACAGAACAGUGCGUACAACAUGCAAUGUCUGCUACCACUGCACCUGCAGGACAAUAAGGUUGCGGUCGUAGUCUCCAAUCCCAUCAUAACCGGCUGGAUCAACACGUUUCGCAUCCGCACGAAACAGGAAGCGAACGAAAUCCUGCGGCAGCUUGGCUUCGAACUGAUCGAGCCGCCUGCAACGGCAAGCUUUCAGAGUUUGCUCAAUCUGUUUAGCCCGCGGGAAAAGACGGGCUACAUCCCGCUCACGCUCAAUCGCUACAAGUGGGACCGGCUCUGUCCGCAGGUGCUCUUCAUCUACCCGGAGGAUCGGUCGAAAUUUGUGCAAUCGCAAAUAUUCGUCGAUCAUCAGUUCAUCAUACAGGAUCGUUCGUUUACCAUCGGUCCGACCGUGUUCUCCAAUCUGCUCGACUACUUCGAGGUGCAGGGUGACGUACUGCAGACGCACAUAGCUUCGCCACGGUCCACUGCCUACCUGGCGUCCCUGCUGGCGAACUGUAAUCGUGUGCGCAACUUUGUGGCCUUCGGUUGUGGCAGCAAGCUGGCCGAGUAUCGCGAGUAUAUGGCCGAGCUGGGCGUGACCAACGUGAAGCUGUUCGCCGAACCAUUCGCCGAUAUCCCGCACGGUUCACCGAUAGUGGACAAAGUGGUGGGCAUCCUGGCGAACCCACCCAGCUCGUACAGUGCCGUCAGUGAUCCGAUUGAUCUGAUCUGUAGCCGUGGCGGCGAUCUUUCGAUGUUGGAAAUGCUGUCCGAGUCGGAAAUGACGGACGAUAGCCGGCAGCGGGUUUCGAAGCUGCUCGAAAAGCAACGCGAAACGCUGAAGCUGGCCAUGUCACGACCGCAGGUACAGUUCAUACUCUACCAAACACACUCGAUCGUGGAGACGGAAAACGAUACCAUGGUGCAGCGGGCAGUCGAGUACACCAACCAGAAGGCGUUCGACGUGCACUAUAAGGCGAUGAAGGAGCGGGAGAUGGCCGCACUCGCCGAAGCGGCAGGAAACACGCUGGUCAACCGGCUACUCGGUAGACAGCAAGAAGCAGCAGCACGGGCCAAGAAUGCCGAAGCUUCCGAGGGCGGAGAACGCGAUGGAACCGAGGGUGGCGCAGAUGGAGCGAGUACACGCAAAAACUCCGAAGAGGAGGUCAACGUACCACCGACGGAUCAGUUCGAGGUGGUAGAGCUGCCCGACUUCUGUCCUCAAAGAGACAACUGUCUCGAUUUUAAGGAGUGUGGAGUGUAUCUAUCGCUCAUUAAGCGCAAGGAAGUAAUACGGCUCGAUUCGAAGUAUCUCAUCAAGAUAGCGGAGCUGCGCGGCAUAUUCGGUGAUGCUAACAAUGAGCCACGCUUUAACGUAAAGGUGACGAAACGUACCGAUCGCAAGUCGGAGGAACAGGACGCACACGAUCUGCACAAUCGCAAGAAGCGGCUGAAGCGCCGUGGAAGUAAUAUGGAUUCCCUCAUCACCCGUCUCAAUACACCGACCCAGGCAUCGUUGAAGCGUGCUCACCAUCACCGGAUGUCGUCCGUUGAGCACAAGUUUAUGUUCUUCGAUGCCUACCGCGAAUGGUGCCCGAAGUAUGCGAACCGGAGUGAUAACAACCUGAGCGUCCUGUCGGACGAUCGGUCUUCAACAGUGUCGAUUGUACGGGCUCGCGUCUGGUGGAAGACAACCAUCCAUUACGUGAUCCAGAAGAUUCGCCUCUCUAAGCUGGACGGGUCGGACGAUGGGACGGAAUUUCCACCGCUGAUACUACGCCGCUAUCCGGCUGGAUGUCGUUUGGGGACCGGUGGGCCAGAUGGAACGAAACGGUUUCGCUGGAGCCAUCAAAACCGCAUACCUUACCCACUGCCCGUGCGGAUACUCGAGUUCCGGCAGUAUAAUUCCGAAAACAGCCUGCUCAACAAAACUGAAGACUCGGAGAAAACCUGCCCGGAAAGACCAGCAAGACUCAGUCGCCAAAAUGCACUCACCAAUACCAGCUGCCCAGGUCCACGAGUUCGGCUAAGGUCUUCACACUCCUGCUAAAGAUAUUCACUAGCACAAUCCACAAAGAUGAUAUUUUGUAUUUUUAAAUGACAAUCAAGUAAACUAAUCGCUAUCUAAUAAACUAAUGAAAAGUAAAAAAGAACUACAACUGAA